GAACACGAAGACUUCCCAUAUCCCGACCACAAUGUCUUUUUACCACCCCUACGAAUCGCAAUUCAGCAGCUGCUACGAUUUCGCGAGUCCCUCUGAGUACGGCCCGGGAGCUUGUGUAACCGACUUCAUACCUGGGUGGGACGGCCUUUAUUUCAACCCGCCGUUCCCAGUGCUGGAAGGCACAGAACUGUACACCUCGGACGCCGCUGCAAUCCCGUUGCAGACGACGCGCGCGUACAACGGUGCGCUCGCCGCGGCGUCGACCAGCGCCGCUCAUCUCUCGCUAGCCGGCACAUUCCACCCCGUCCCGCCGGCACCGUCGGUUUCCUUCCAUGAGCUCCUCGGGAGCUUGCCGAUCGCUCCCCAAGUUCCGUCGCAGGCCUAUUUGGACGUAAAGGUCGAUACGGAAGACAACAUCGCCGUACCUGUUGCCACCUGGCCUCAAGUGGCCGCGAGCACUAGCUCGCAAGGAGCGACCGUGCAGGAAGAGGAGCUAGUCUGGGACGAGCCGUUCCGAGUGGUCAAGAACGAUAUUCGCAGACGAAAGAGAACGUGUAUACUCUGCAGAAUAACCGUGAACGACGACUCACGGAGUCGCGACAGACACGAGAUAACGUCAACACACCAGAGUCGACUGCCCCCAGAGAAGCGUAUUAAGCCUCUCAAGUGCACCCAAUGUCAUACAAUUUUCCAGAGCAAUCGGACCUCCUCAUUGCGCAGACAUCAGAAAAAAACUUGCAGAAAAUCUGUGGCCGAAAAUCAGGCUCGAUAACACACCGCGCAUUGUGUUCGUAACGCCUUUUCUCCUUUUGAGCUUCUCGUAGUUCUCGUGCUUGUGUAGUUGCUUUGCGAUGUACGCCACUGCUGUCGUCAUUCCAGGUUCGUGUUGUGUUGUAUUGCUGUCGGAUGUAUCCUCUGUUUAUUCUUAAUGCUAUCUUGGCUGUGUCCUGUUCGUUCGAGAUUAAAAGGAGUGAAUGAGUUUGGUCGAGCGACGGGGUUGAAUGUUGAACGACUGCGCCACCACCGUGGCGCAAGCGUCGCCGCGUC